AUGGCUCGUCCAGCCAUACACACCACCCCAGAAGCAAAGCUGCACGCUGCACGCACAAAACAACUAAAGUACUAUCACAGGAUAUUAUCAACACUAAAUGGUGCCUUCAAUCUUGUAUGCCAACGACACCCAAAAUAUCUUCCACCUCCAAGCCAGAGAUGGACCAUUGUUCAACCUCAUCCUCAUCCUCAGCUCGUGAUCUGUCUCCUGCACCAUUUGGCAGCAGCUGAGUGUAAUAAUAGCACCACUUUAGCUAGAUGCUUGGAGAUUGUCCAAGAUGCCAAGGAUGAGCUAAUCGGUCUCGCCAUGUUACCUGGCCCUUAUGCAUAUGUCGAGCAUAUUCUUGCAAAGUAUGUCGCAACAAUACCUCAUGAAUGCUUCGAUAUCGAAACUGUUGACCACAGCAACCCAGGUAUUUAUGAGAAGGUGUUCCUUGGUCAAGAUUCAAUUUUGGAUAUGUGUGGAGUAUGUGAUGAGUGGAGGGUUGCAGAUGAAGUCUGCCAGGCAAUUCGUCAUGUGAUUGCAUACCUGGAGGAUGUCUCAUGGAAUGUCAGCCAGGGUAGCACUCAUCUUGCAAUCGCGCAUGUAGGUCAAAUGUUAAAGUAUCAGAAGGAUAGACACAUUGACAUGUGCAAUGUAAUGUGGUAUGGACAGAAGGGCGAGCAGCGUGAUGACAAGACAACGAAACAAACAUGGCAGUAUUUGGUACGAUUUGAUGCAGUAUGGGUAAGAAGGCUGGAUAGCACGACAACAAGACAAUGA